UUUUCUAAGCCUCAACUGCUGAGACGCAUUCUGAGUCUACUAUAGAAGAAUCUCCAGUCUCAGCGUCAUGAACCAUCACAGCAUUCUUAUUUUCUGCCUCAUAUUCCUGACUCUGAGUGGGACUCAAGGAAUACCUCUUUCCAGAACAAUACGCUGCAUCUGCAUCGAGACUAGUACUCAAUCUGUUAAUCUAAGGUCCGUUGAGAAACUUGAAAUUAUCCCUGCAAGUCAAUCUUGUCCACGUGUUGAGAUCAUUGCCACAAUGAAAAAGAACGGGGAGAAGAGAUGUCUGAAUCCAGAGUCUAAGGCCAUAAAGAAUUUACUGAAAGCAGUUAGAAAAGAAAGGUCUAAAAGAUCUUCUUAAAACCAGCUAGAAGCAAAAUCACUGCAGUGCUGAUAAGGACGGAUCACAGAGAGGCUGCCUCUCUCUUCACUUCCCUACAGAGUAUAUGUCAAACUCUCACUGUUCCUGAUUUAUAGUUCUCCUGAAAGGUGACCAACCAGUUACCAAAUUAGCUGCUAGUACGCCUGUGAGAAUGUGCAUGGGUCAUCAUCCUGAGCUAAUAAUAUCUCUAGAAAUAGUGUUACUAGUUCUAUUACUAAUAGUAAUAGCACUAAUAACUAGUAUUAACUCUGCCCUGGCACUAUUCUAUAAGCUAUGCCAAGGUAUUACAUACAUUCUUAGCAAAUGUGCCAAAUCCUAGUGCUGCUACUGACUCUUUCCUCACCUCUCCUAUUUUCUAAGAGUUCCUAAGGAAUCUUUUACUUCUGGAUUUACCAGACUUCUUUGACUCUCAAGUAACUAAAAGGUAUACAAUCAGGGUGAUAAUCUAUUCUUUUAAGAACAAUCUGUAUUCUACUGCCAUCCUCUCUUUAAGAACAAUCUUUAUUAGCUUCUACUGCCAUCUUCCAAGGACCCACAUCAUUCUUCAGUAGUUAUAUACAUAGAAUUCUAAACACCUAUAGGAAGCUAAAUACAUCUGAAAAUAUUUUUGUAAAUACUAUUUAAUGAAAGAAUGUACAAAACAGAAUUUUUGAUGUUUCUUAUAUUGUUUUCAGUGUAUAUGGACCAACUUGUGUAAUUAAGAACCAUGAGUAAUUGAAGAAAUUUUUAAAUCUAGAUGUAUGUUUUGCAUGUGCCGAAUGGUUUUCAAAAUAAAAAUUUUGUGCUGUGCUGGAGAUAUUGGAAAUGAUUAUCUAACUACUGAGAUACAAAAAAGAUAAUAAAAUAAUUAUAACUAUA